AGGAUGUCUCAAACAGACAGCAAAGUCCUAAUUCUGGGAGCCUUGGCUGGAGUGGCGGGCAUUGGUCUGGCUGUUGCGUGUUAUCAGGGCUACAAGACAAGACGGAGAGCCUCUUUGCCAGCGCGCUACCUGCACACUAAUAAUGAACUUGCGACCGGCAUGACGUUAAUCGCUAGUCCCGGUAUAUCUGGCGAUCAGAUGGCAGUAAUGGACCGCCUUGAGGCUCUUCUUCAGUGUGUGUCGGAGUUGAAGGAUGAAAUGAAGGCAUUGAAAAAUUCCUUGCCGAUGCGACAUGGUCACGUUGCUGAAGAGCUAAGAGGAGGCGAUAGAGCGGAGAUCCAUCGAGUUGCUCCUCUCCACAGGACCACACCUAUACGAAGGAAAAGGGCUGGAAGCAGCAUUGUUGGAGCCGCAGCAGGUGGCCGUAGCUCUGAAGAAGCGGAAAGUGAGGGAGGGUACAUAACUGCACUGACAGACUCAGAUGAAGAGGUACAAAGCGAUGAUGAACAGUGGGAGGAAAGGCGUGAGACAACAGACAAGUUGACUUGUUUACUUGAGAGAGUCGACUCUUUGCAUCAAGGAACAGAGGCUGAGAAAAGAGAGAGUCUGCACAUCUUAACAACGCAACGAGAGGAGUUCGGACAGAGCUCUGCAUUUCUUUGGCGACUAAUUAGAGCACAUUGUGAUGUUCAUGACAUCAGCGGUACGCUUGAGGAAAAGAAGAAUCAUGCGGAAACUGGAAAGAAGGUUGGUGAGGAUGCAGUGGCACUGAACCCUACAUGUGCUGAGAGUCACCAGUGGUAUGCCAUCAUGUGUGGAAUUAUGGCUGAAUAUGAUACAGUGCAGAACAAGAUCAAGAAUGGCUACAUAUUUAAGGAUCAUCUGGAUAAAGCCAUCGAGCUGAAGCCUCAAGACCCCCUGUCCUACUACCUGCUAGGCCGCUGGUGCUACGCUGUAGCCCAGUUGUCUUGGCUUGAGAGAAAAGUUGCAGCUACAUUAUUUGGAGAACCACCCAGCGCCACAGUUGAAGACGCACUAAAGAAUUUUUUAAAGGUUGAAGAAAUCCAUCCAGGAUAUUCCAAACUCAACUAUGUAUUUCUUGCUAAGUGUUACAGAGACAUCGGGUACAGGAAGAAGGCAAGGGAGAUGUGUGAAGUUGCUAACUCAAUACAGUCUGUUUCCAAAGAGGAUGAAGAAGCACAGAAGGAGUUGGACCUUCUCUUGCCAGAUCUUGGAGUGUUCAACUCUAAAGGUGAUUUAGACAUUUAG